UGUCGAAACCAGAAUUGGGUAAGCGGUAGCGGACGAGUUCAAGGGAGUGGCUGGUCCCAGCAUAAUAAUAAUGGUUAUUUUCAAGGUAUUGGGGGACGCGGCAAUUUUGGCGACAAUUCUUUUCGGGGACGCUCAAAUUAUCAUCGGGGAGGCCCUGGAGGUGGUGUUCGUCGUUGAAAAUAAACAAAUUACUCGACUACAAAGAAUAUUUUAUAUAAAAUAUUAAUGUAUAUGUAUUAAGUAAAUUAUUUAUCUUGUGUUGAAUGUAUGUAUUAUUUAAAGCAGCUUUUAAUAUAGCUCUUCCGAUUUACUACUAUUUUAACUCUAUAAGAGAACUAUUUGAAUUAUCAAUUGGUGAUUAAUCUCGCCAAAUUUGAAAAGCUAAUAGGUGACUAUAAGUUUUUAAGAUAGUUGCGAAAAAUAUGUUAAUUAGUGAAAUAACACUUAAUUAUGAGCAAGUUUCAAUAACUGCGAUGAUAACAACUGUCAUCAAAGCGAAAGAUCAUGUGAUGUAUAACGCUCCUCAACUUUCGCACACGCUUAAAAUUAUGUGUGCACAAUAAAUUUCUUAUAUAAAGCAUCUUAACCUAACUACUUUUUACAAUCAAUAUUUAAAAUUGUUUUUAACAAUCAAAUUCUUGAUUCAUUUUUACUCGACUUACACUUGCAUGAGUACGAAUUGCGUACGUAUAAAGGAAAAAACGAAAGCCGUUAAGUUAGCGUACACUUGGUUGUUGUGGGAACAGUGGCAUUUUUAAACAAAAUUCAUAUUAUGCUUUGAAUAUUUCAAACUUAAAAACAAAACUUUGAAACUAAAAAUUGUGUAGCAUCACUACGAAACAAUUUACCAGAUAAAUAAUUUAUACCAAGAUAAAUAAGUAUAACAAAUACAAGUAUUACAAAAAAUAACUGUUAUUAAAUAAAAAUGUUUCGAAGUAGACAUCAAAAAGGUUGUUUUUCUGUGUUUUAUAGUUUAGGUAGCAGUCCGUUACAAUUUUGGUCUACGCAUAUCCAAAACGGUUAUGUUAAAAGGGUUGUCGAUGAAGAUGUAAAAUCUAUUGUCAUGGAGAUUAUGGGCUCAAAUGUAUCCACCACAUAUAUAUCGGGCCCGCGAGAUCCUAAAAUGUCCUUUGGUAUCAAACUACCCUUUUUAGUCUUGCUUAUAAAGAAUCUACAUAAAUAUUUUACUUUUGAAGUUAAAAUUUUAGAUGAUCAACGGUUUAUGCGACGUUUUCGGGUUUCGAAUUUUCAAAGCAAAACCUCUGUAAAGCCCUUUUGCACGGCUAUGCCAAUGGGUAUGUCUCCGGGUUGGAAUCAAAUUCAUUUUAACUUAGCAGACUUUACACGCCGUGCAUAUGGCACCAAUUACAUGGAAACCGUUCGUCUACAAAUACAUGCCAAUGUACGCAUAAGACGCAUAUAUUUUACUGAUCGCUUAUAUUCAGAAGAAGAUCUGCCGAAUGAGUUUCGUUUGGUUUCGAAACCUGCCGAAAAGAAGAAACAACGUGAUUACACAAUUCCUGCAGCACGCCCUCCAUCGCCGGCGAAAUCAGCGGCUACAACUGAGCGAGCCGGUUCUCCACCUGGUGAGCCUUCAGUCGCUGAACCUUCAGAGGUACCUACUGAAAUGGAUAUUGAAAAAUAUUACUAAAUGCAAAAUUCGGUCAAAUUCGCAAACUGACGUCUAAAAUGAAGUUGUCAAAUGUCUCUUCGAAAUCAUAAUAGCAUUAGCAUAAAUUAAUGCUCAAAAUUAAAAUAAACACAAUAUUAUUUUAUAUAUUUAA